AUCUGUGGAGAUUUUAAGGUGACACUGAACCCUGUACUGUCAGCAGAGCAGUAUCCUCUUCCCCGCAUUGACGAUUUGUUUGCCGGGCUGAGUAAGGGGCAAAAGUUUAGCAAAAUAGACCUGAACCAAGCCUACUUACAGAUGCACGUUCAUGAGGAUUCUAAAGACUUGCUCACCAUAACUACGCAAAAGGGGCUUUUCAGAUAUUGUCGACUCCCUUUUGGGAUCACAUCAGCCCCUGCACUUUUCCAACGUGCCAUGGAUCAGAUCCUACAUGGCCUCCCUGGUGUACAGUGCUAUUUGGACGAUAUUCUGUGCACAGGAAGUACGGACCAAGAACAUCUGGACAAUUUGGAUGCUGCUCUUCAAAGGCUGAAAGAGUAUGGGCUCAGGGUUCGCAAAGACAAAUGCGAAUUUUUUCAACUGUCUGUUGAAUAUUUGGGACAUGUAAUUGAUGCCCGAGGGUUGCAUACUGCGCCAUCAAAGGUUAGAGCGAUAGUCGAUGCCCCCGACGCCAGAGAAUGUUCAUUCUUGGGCUUACUGAAUUAUUAUGGCCGCUUUAUACCGAACUUGUCAUCCAUGCUCAAGCCGCUACAUGACCUGCUUUGUCAAGGAAAGAAGUGGAAUUGGAAUGAUGCCUGUCAAGAGGUUUUUCAGAAACCAAAGGAGACAUUAGUGACAUCAGGGGUUCUGACCCAUUUUGAUCCAUCACUCCCCAUUCAGUUGGCCUGCGAUGCAUCCCCGUAUGGAGUGGGGGCGGUCAUUUCACAUUUAAUGCCGAACGGGGUAGAGAGGCCCAUAGCAUUUGCAUCACGGACCUUGAACAAAGCAGAGACUAACUAUGCUCAGAUAGAGCGGGAGGCGUUGAGCAUCGUCUAUGGGGUUCGCAAGUUCCAUCAGUACCUGUAUGGGAGACAGUUUACACUGCUGACGGAUCACCGACCCCUGACGACCAUCCUGAGGUCGCACACUGGGUUACCCUCACUUGCCGCGAGUCGCAUGCAGCGGUGGGCGUUGCUUCUGUCGGCUCACUCGUAUGACAUCAAGUAUCGCAAGGCCGACCUGCACGGCAAUGCCGAUGCACUGUCCAGUCAGGUGGAUGGUGCGCCAGUUUCUGCUGCUCAUGUGAGGAGGGCCUCUCGCACGGACCCUGUCCUGUCUGCGGUGAUGGACAUGGUGAUGGGGGGAGAGCAGAACUGUCUGUGCAAUCUGGUUGCUUACUGUGGGGGAGGAGGGUGGUUAUUUCCCCCAUCAUUGCGUAAAUCUGUUCUGCAGCAGCUCCAUGCAGGUCACAGUGGAAUAGUUCGAAUGAAGGAGAUAGCAAGGAGUUACUUCUGGUGGCCAGGAGUGGACAGAGAGAUAGAGACUACCGCCAAAACCUGUUCCUCAUGCCAAGAAGUUAGGAAGGCACCCCAACUAGCUCCUCUACAUCCCUGGAAGUUUCCCGAAGAACCAUGGCAACGGGUGCACAUUGAUUUUGCAGGACCUGUAGAGGGUUGUAUGCUCCUUGUGUGUGUGGACGCCCACAGUAAGUGGCCGGAAGUGGCCAUAAUGAAAACCACUACCACUACAAAGACGAUUGAGAGGCUGGGAGAGAUUUUCAGCCGGUUCGGUUCUCCUCUUCAGUUGGUCUCAGAUAACGGGCCACAACUGGUGUCACAAGAAAUGACUACCUUCCUUGAAGCAAAUGGCGUACAACACAUUCGAUCCGCACCAUUUCACCCUGCGACCAACGGUCUGGCUGAAAGGUUUGUGCAGACCAUGAAGAAAGCUUUGAAGACAUCUCAAGAGCAAGGAUCAUUUCAUCAGAGAUUGCAUAGAUUCCUGUUGAGCUAUAGGAAUACCCCCCAUGCCACUACUAAAGUUUCCCCCGCUUCUCUGAUGUUCAAAAGAAACCUUCGAACAAACUUUGACUUUCUGAAGCCGACAAAGGUGAAGGAUAUUGUUCAGCAUCAACAGGAGAAACAGAUUCAACAAAGAAUGCAGAAGGCUAAAGAAAGAGUCUUCUUUCCGGAUGAGCCAGUGUUAGCAAGGAACUACAGUACUGGCCCCCGAUGGGUCCCUGCAACUAUAGUCAAGCAAUCUGGUCCUGUCUCUUACACCGUCAGUACUGCUGCUGGCGUGGUAUGGAAAAGACACAUCGAUCAACUUCUUCAGGCGACAGCAUCGGCCCCCAACCAGCCGUCGGUGGAUACUCCGAACGAGUUAGAGUUCAGCGCACCCCAUAUCCUGCUGCCACCACCCCAAAGAACAAUGGAAUAUACUGGUGAGACUUCUGCUUUUGACUCUUCACUACAAGAUCCUGUGAUGGAUGUUCCAACACGCACGGCUGUUCCAGAGUCACCCAGCGGAGACCGUAAGACUGAACAUUCUGUUGAGCCCCGUUAUCCGGUAAGAGAACGCCGUCCUCCAGAACGCCUGAAUUUAUAGACUCUAUGUUUAGAGACCAACCCAAACCAACUGGGGCAGAAUAAUCCCCAUGGGUGUGGUCACGGGGUGAGGCCGUUUAACCUCAUCUCAGAGUUAUGUUGGGUAACUGUUACCAAACAAUGUAAAAAAAAAAUAAAAAAAUAAAAAAAUUGGUGAAGUGCCCAUAAU